AUGGCGACGGUUAUUGUUCAACAGCAGCACACGCUGCGCCAUUCGACACCUCCCCCAUCCUCGAUGACCUCUAGCUUGGUUACCAAUUCACGGUCAAGCCCCAUUCCCAACAAGCACAUCCCUGUAUGCCCAACCGGCCCUGCGCCAUUCGACCUCAGUGACUCGGACUGGUCGCCGUCGCUGCCAGAAGGCUGCUCUCAGGUUUCGUCGCUCCUUCAGUCCGCGCAUAUGCGAUACAAGCGGAUCUCAGAACCGCCAUCUCCUAUUGUCUACUCCCUCGAUGCGGAUCAAUUAGCCGAAGCUAUGAAGCAUCUAUCUUCGCAGCCGUUGCCCGACCCCUCCUACAUGUUCCCCUGGCUGCAUGGACUCCACCCCGACAAUCACAUGCAGCUGAACUUCUUUUCCAGUCGCCGGAAGAUUCAGCGGAAGCCACCAAAGAAUUGGCGCGGUCUCACCAUCGUCAAACUCGGAGGCGAACUCGACACAUAUCGCCUGAAGGGGGCUGUGGCUCCCGAAGACGUUCUUUCUCCACAGGGCUGCUUCCUGAAUCCAGACCCGCCCCAGGCCUUUUCGGUCCGCAACUUUCAGAUUCAAGGAGCAAAACUGGCUGCCUUGUCAGAUAUUGUUGUCUACGGGGAGCCAGACUGCUGCAAAGAGGAGCUGCUCUUGCUGGCCCAAGCUUUCGCUGUCGCUCAGGAGCAAUGGCGAUAUAAGCAUGACCCUGCGCAAGAUCUCGGAUGGUACAACACCUUUAUUCUCACGACGCCCUUUCCUCAAAUCGAGCAAAAGCAUCCGGAGAUCGUAGGAAACGAUUUCCGAGGAAUCCGCCCCGGCGAAAUGUGGGAUUUUUCCUAUUGGGAGCGACUUGAGAUGUCCAUUAUGAGUGAAGUCUCAGAAAUCUCCAAGAAUGUGUGGCUUGGUCCGACUCCACACUGGCUGGGGAAUACUGCGGAUCGUACUCUCCCUAAAGACUGUGAAUACGAUCUGAUCAUCGACGCCUAUGAUAUGGCUCAGAUCCCGGGCCCCCGAUCUUUGGCCAUGAUUGACAAGAAAAUCGAGGAAAUCGGUCCCCAGCGCAUGGAAUUCCCUUCAUCUGGAGUCCUUUACUUGAAAUCGGGCAAUAACCGCGAGACAGAGGAUAUCAUCAACACUGUUCGGUGGAUUCAUUAUCUGGCGAAUCCCGAAGCGGAGCUCAUGGACCAGGGAAAUGAUGCGGCGAUGAAAUCGACCAAGAAGCCUCGAAAGGUACUGAUCCAUUGUAACGAUGGGUAUACAGAGAGCUCUUUUCUUGCCGUCGUCUAUUUCAUGUUUGCAGAAAACCUCCGUGUCGACGAUGCCAUGAUCAAGCUGCAUUGCGAGAAGCAGCGUAAUUUCUUCUUGUACCAAACUGAUCGCAUGGUGUUGAGUCACAUUCAGCCUCGUCUGCUGAUGGAGUGUCCUGUCCCGUUGUAUGGUCCACAGACCUCGCAAUUUUCGGAUUGGUUUAAAAAAACCGACGGCUCUUUGCCGAGUCGCAUUCUGAACUAUCUGUAUCUUGGAAACCUUAAUCACGCCAACAACCCUGAGAUGUUGUGGAAACUCGGUAUCAGGCGUGUGCUGAGCAUGGGUGAAUGCAUCACCUGGAACCCAGAGCAACGCGUCAGAUGGGGUGAGGAUAACUUGUUGCACAUCAGCAUCCAGGACAAUGGCAUCGAUGAGCUCUGCCACGAGUACAAUCGGUGCUUGGACUUUAUUCAACAAGGAAAGGCAGAAGGUACAGCUACUUUGGUUCACUGCCGCGUCGGUGUUUCCCGAUCUGCCAGCAUUUGCAUCGCCAAAGUGAUGCAGGAAUACGACAUCUCCUUCCCUCGAGCCUAUUGCUUUGUUCGAGCUAGACGUCUCAACGUCAUCAUUCAACCCAAUCUUCGCUUUGUUUACGAACUUCUUCAGUGGGAAGAAUACCUGAAUAAGAAAAAGGGUAACCCUAUCCUGCGCGAUCUAGAAUGGACUUACGUGUGUCGGGAGAUUGCCCUUCUCAACAAACCGUAUUCCCGCCGCUAA